AAUGUACAAAAGUGUCCAAGAACCCGGAAUCAAGAAACUCAGGAGUGUGCAGACAGUUUUAGCGAACCAAACAACAAAGAGAGAGUCGAGAAAUGGAGGAAUCACUGCGAGUUAAAGAAUUUGAACAAAUUAUUUCCACUGAAGAAUUCGAUUCUCAAAUUGAACCUCUUAACAUUCCCGCAGUUUUCAGAGGAUGUGUUAAGGACUCAAAAGCUUUCAGGAAUUGGAAUCCCUCAAAUGGCGGUCUUGAUUAUCUCCAGGAACGAGGACAAUCAGCUAUUGUGGAGGUUAUGCUAUCGAGAUCAGCGCCCAUUUUCUAUGGUGAUAUCAGAAGCCAUGAUAGGGUUCCAUUGCCGUUUUCUUCGUUCAUUGAGUUUUGUAAGAGGAUUCUGAGCAAAGGUGAUAGACCUGAUGAGUCAGAGACACUGCAGAGUGUGGUACCGGAUGCUGACAUGUGUAAUUUGUUAACAAAUGAUCGUGAGCAGAUUUAUUUAGCGCAGGUUCCAAUCUUGAACAAGGAGAGCGAACAAAGGGCACAAUUAGAAAGUUUACAAGACGAUAUUAAAAUUCCUUCUUUCUUGGGAUCAAAAAAGUUAUCUUCUAUCAAUUUUUGGAUGAAUAAUGUUGAGUCUAGAUCGAGUACUCAUUACGAUCCACACCAUAAUAUUUUAUGCGUAGUUGCUGGCUGCAAACAAGUUGUUUUAUGGCCACCAUCUUCGGGUCCCUUUUUAUAUCCUAUGCCAAUUUACGGAGAGGCCUCUAAUCAUAGCGCAGUUGCCCUCGAUUCUCCUGAUUUUUCACUUUACCCGAGAUUCGAACAUGCGAAUGACUACUCCCAGAAAGUUGUUCUUCAAGCAGGUGAUGGGCUCCUUAUCCCUGAAGGCUGGUUCCAUCAAGUUGAUAGUGAUCAGUUGACCAUUGCUGUUAACUUUUGGUGGAGAUCCGACGUGACGUCUAGCAUGCCAGAGCACAUGGAUGCAUAUUAUUUACGUAUAAUAUUGAGAAGAUUAAUCGACAAGGAGAUGAAUCAGAUGUUGCACAAUACUCGGAAUGCAAGUUUUGCUAAAAUGAGAUCCUGCGGUAGUGAGGCACGGGCACCUGACAAUGGAAAAGCAGAUGGUCAAGGAAAUAGUGUGCACCAGAAUCAUGAAAAUAAGCUUGAUCUGAACAUUCAACUUCAAGAUUUAUGCCCCCCAGCACUUCAAGCUCUUCAUGAAAUUGUUUCUCUCAUCCAUGAAGGGGUCAAUGCACCCAAUCAACAAUGCAGUUCAACAAGUCAUACUAGAGUUAUCUCUAAUUUCGACCACAACAACACAGGGAUAAUGAAGUCCUUUACCCUCAACGCUGACAUUCAACAAGAUCAAUUCACUUCGACCAGUGAUUCUGGAGUUGUAUCAGACAAAGACUCAAAGAAUCUGGUGAUAGCUAACUUCUAUCGCCUCGAAGAUGAUUCCAUUGCCAAUAUUAUCUGGAAUCUUGAACCACUUGAUCUUGUGGCUGCCUUUUUGGCAAUGGUGCACAGCUUCCCGAGAACGUUAGAGGCAUUGAUGUUACACAUGCUUUCUCCCGUGGGGGCUGAAGUCCUUACACGAAAAUUUGAUGAGUUGGAUCGGCAGCUGACUGAAGAAGAUCGGAACAAAUUUUAUCAGAGGUUCUAUAGUAUUUUUGAUGAUCAAUUUGCUAUAAUGGAUGCGAUCUUGAAAGGAAAGGAGGAAUUUGCACUCCAGGCUUUUAAGAACAUUUUGCAGCUAUACAUGGGAGUGACGCUUAGUGGGCCCAGUUACAAAAUCUGACGAGGGACUGAUUCUUUUUUGGACAGCUCGGUCUUGCCUGUGAUAAAUAGAAAGUUCAAGAGCAUAAACAGUAGAAUCCUUUGUCCUCUGCAGGAUACUUUACAUAAUCACAUGUGAGUCACUCAUUACAUUACAGAAUAUUCAUGAUUUUAGUUUGAAUGCAAAUGUAUUCAUAUCUUUUUUAUGCUUGUAUAAAUAAAACUCAAUUUUCAUUUCUAAUCAUUUAGUGCAGUAAAAUCUUGUUGAA